UACCAAUACUAAAAUGAACCAUGAAUAAUCGGUGUCAAAUGGUUAAUUUGAUAGAUGGUGACACCGAAAAUUGUAUUAUUGCAUGAAUUGUUUACUUCUAAAUUUGUGUACAGUUAUUUUAAUAAAAGUUUUAUUGUUUUUAAUUGUGCUUGUUAUAUUUUGAUGGAGUUCUCAACUCAAUGUCCAGUUUGUGGAAAAAAUUUGGAUGGGUCAUUCGCAGCAACAACAAGACAUGUUAACAUGUGCAUGGAUGACAAACAAAGUUUUAAAGCAAUAGAUGUUUUGAGUUCUAAAAUAACAUCGGCUGUUAUUGACGGUAAAAGAACCUUUAAAUAUUGUCCCAUUUGUUUUAAGUUAACCAAAGUUACUGCGAAACAUUUAAAGUCGUGUAGAAGAGUUAAGGGAAUUGACACCAAAGAUUUGAUUAGUUUAUGUGAAACUGAACCAUCAAAACCGAAGAACCAAAAAGUGAACGAACAAGUUACGAGAAAACAUAAGAAGGGUGAAGCUGAUCAACCUUUAUUCAAACUCUAUCCAAGUGAUUUGGCGAAAUUAACAAAACCAAUUGUUAUACCAAAUGGUGAUCUGACCAAACUCAGUAUAAAGGAAAAAAAUGAACGUAUAAAUAAUCGCGUUGAUUUAAUCAUGUCCAACAUUGUUUGUCCAAAUAAUUUUGUCUGUAAUUCCUUUCAAAAAGAGUUACCUAACUCAUGGGAAUUAUCAUCUUUGAACGGCACUCAAAUCAAAUACGUUGUUGGUGGGUUUGAAAGAUUCUGUGGAAGAAGAAAGUGGAAACAAUAA